AAAUGAGAAGCGGAGAAGUGAUUGAAGAAAUAAAUAAUUUGGGGGUAUUAUAGUCAUUACAUGUCCAUUUAAGGGAAAAAAACAGAGUAAUAUGGAAGAAAUCAGAAACUCGUCUUCAAUGGAGACGCAGGAUCAAGAACACGAACCCCUCGACCCAGAUGCGGAAGUGAUAGCUUUAUCGCCGGAAUCAAUAAUGGCGAAGCACAGAUUCGCGUGCGAGAUAUGCAAGAAAGGGUUCCCGAGGAAGCAGAACUUGCAGCUUCACCGGCGGAGCCACAACUUGCCGUGGAAACUCAAACAGAGCGCCGCCGGAAAACCCAAAAGGCGGCGCCUGUACAUCUGCCCGGAGACAACCUGCGCCCGCCACCACCCUUCCAGAGCCCUCGGCGACCUCACCGGAAUCAAGAAGCACUUCCACCGGAAGCACGGCGAGAAGGUUUUCCGGUGUGAGCGGUGCGGCAAGAAAUACGCCACCGACUGUGACUGGAAAGCCCAUUCCAAGACUUGCGGUGAUGGUCCAAAGUGGGAAGACCCUCUAGGUUUUUUUGGGCCUAGAAGAUACUGGGCCGUUGUCCUUCCACUGCUGGGAAACGGAGGUUUUCGCUGCUCUGUGAAACCAGCCUGACGCAUUGCCUUCCAAUUUUAGUGGACUAGACUCCCAUUCUUUCGAAUAAGAACCUAGGCCCAAAUCCCGGCUUGGAAUGGGCAGCCCAGUUAUAACGAUCUUCAAGCCCGGCCUUCGAGGCCAACCCAACGUCCCACCACCUCACAGCCCCCACUUGGGUUACAAGCCCACGUUACUGAGCUCAGCGAACGAACUGUAGAACUGCCCAUUUAUUAAGGAGAAAAGUAUAAUAUGGAAAUCCGGUGUGGGAAAAAUAAAUGCCUUCCUUUGUU